AGCAUCUGUCUGCUUUCUUGUAUUUCUAUUCUUCGUUAACCUAUUCGCCACGUUCAUCAUGCGUGCCGCCGUACGCCAGAAGUGGGCUUCUCUCUUGGCCAUCUCCGGCUCCUCAUCGAGCACCGCUACUCCUGAAUCACACCGCACGGAUGACAGCUACUGUUCCAGAGGUACAGGCUCUACGCAUUCCACCGAUGACGACACGCACACGAGCGCUACGUCGUCUUCAUCUGAGAUGAGCAGCUCUGGGACUUCCUCAGCGUCAUCAGCAGCAAAGACACACAACAGCACAUCCACUUCUUCGGCGGCAUCGAGUUCGAGCAGCGGCAUCAGCAGCAGCAAUACCAGUGGUGCGUCGUCGACGAAACGAGCUCCAAGUUCUCUUGCCUCCAGCUCCGAUGCAUUAACGAAAACGUCUGCGAAUAAAGAUAGAAGUAAAGCUGCUGCGGCGAACCGUGCUGCAUCAGAGCUGUCUCCUUCGGCUUCGACCACCUCCACCUCGAACGGCGUGGCAAUCGAUGAUGCCGACGCGUUGGUGCAACUGCCCUCGUCCCCUUCGCCGCAGCAAUAUCUGCGUGGGUCAGCGAAUGCCGCCCAGACCUCGGCAGUUUCUUCCUUUCCUAGUCAGCACCUCGCCUGCCGCGCAGGUGGUGCGGGGAACCCGCAGCAACCGGGAGUGGCUUCCCUGCAACUACACGGCUCCCGAUCCGUGGACCCGGCUUCUCCGGCCAGUCCCUAUCACUUCUCGGAGGAGGAACUCGCCCGGCAGCCGUGGGUGAUCGAGUGUGACGCGACGACACACACGAGCGAGGAGGGCGGCCUCGUCACCCGUGCGGUGGAUGUGCUGGAGACGAUUCACACGACUCCGAUUGCGGUGCCGCCCCCACCCGAAGAGGCGGCGCGACGUCGUCGUGAGGGCGGUCUGCCGUACCCGAGCCACCUCACUUUUCGCAUUAUCCCUCAAACGGCGGGGGGCGCUGAUGCCGACGGCGCUGCCGCUGCCGACGGCGCGGCGAGGAGAGACAAGGAAGGCAAAACAGCCUUGACAGGCGACAGGGCUACAACAGGGGCAGGCGGACGCGUGCAGAAGACUGCAUGCGACAGCUGCUGUGGUGGCCACUUGUACCGCAAGCGCGAAGAGGCGCAGCGCAAGGCAGAGGAGCGCGCCGCCGCACGCCAGAAGUCCUACCACAACCAACUGCGCAGUCAUCACGUGCCGCUCGUAAACUUCCGCACCACGCGUGACCCGGCGGUCAACUUAAUCGACGCAGACACCACGCUGCCCACCGUGGAGGAGGCGGCGGGGUACCGGCACUACGAAGAGGACCUGCAAGGGGCGGAGGCGAACCCGAAGAAGCUGGAGAAGGCCAUGCGUCAGCGCCGGCGUCCUGCGAGUGGGCUGCAUUGGAAGACGAAGUACGCCUUUGGCCGUCGCGCCGGCGGGGGGCCGCGUGGCGUAGGGGAGUCGGCGUUUGCGCGCGAGGGCGACCCGCAGCGGUUUUGGAUCGCGCAACUGCACGAGCGAUCGCAGGUACAUCUGGAAAUGAUCGAGACCGAGUAA